CUCAUAUCCUACACUAAAUGACAUGAAGUACUUAAAAUAGCCCUGGUUUAAUGUUUGCUCCAUUAGGAUGUGUCAGGGGUGUGUAGAUAAGUUCAUGACCUCACCUUUUUGUGUCUGAACCCUUUCUGUUCCCUAUCAUUAAUUUUUAAUUGAACUGAUGUGAUGACGAAGAUAUAAAAGUAAGAAAUGAGCAUUUGAGUCGUCACACAGCUUCAGUUAUUCUCAGACUAAAUCCAGACACGGCGAUCAUCGACAUCAUGAUCAACGAGCGUCUCCUGAUUCUCACACUCACCUGCUAUGUCUUUGUCUGGAUCGGAAACUGCGAAGAUUUAGUUGAGAUCCGUUCACCUGAAGAUGACAUUAAGGCACAGGAGGAAAAAGAGCUGAUUGAAGCUCUUCAGGAAGUCCUUGAAAAACUGAGGAAUAAACAAAGUCCAUCCACUGAGAAGAGGUUAGGCUGGGUUCCUGCGUGUGAUGCAGGUGAGCAGUGUGCCAUUCGGAAAGGUGCUCGUUUUGGGAAGGUGUGUACCUGUCCCGGUGGAACCAUGUGCAGCUUCUCCAUCCUGAAAUGUUUGUGA